AUGGUGUUGCCUCGUCUUCGCGAUGUGGACGAGCUGAGACAGAGACGGAAUGCUUUCGAGCCCUGGAACCCGCCGACGGUAGCCAACAAGCCACGCGCAGACCGCGUGAAACUCAGCCCUCGCCAGACGUCAUCAAUCCCGUUGGGAGACAACUCGCAGUGUGGAGGAACAUAUGGUAGAUGUGCCGAUGGAUACUGCUGUUCAGCUUCUGGAUGGUGUGGUCAGACUGAGGAUUACUGCGCGUCCCCCGAUUGCCAGAUCAACUAUGGUCCCGCAUGCGAUGGUAAUGAGAAGCCUAACGGCCCGGAUACUUCGGACUAUGCAAGACCAAAGAAUGGCAACAUUCCCUAUGGUGGUGUUGGCAUCUACGCCUGCGUCAACCAGGGUGAUGUCGCCAUCACAUAUGAUGACGGUCCUUACAUCUACACCGCUGCUAUGUUGGAUGCCUUCAAGGCUCACGGUGCCGUCGCUACUUGGUUCAUCACGGGCAACAAUAUCGGCAAGGGCAUGAUCAAUGUCAACUACCGCGAUGUCAUCACACGAAUGAUUGCCGAUGGUCACCAGGUUGCCAGCCACACGUGGUCCCACGAGAACUUGGAUCAGAUGACGCUCGCCCAGCGCAAGAACCAGAUGGUCUACAACGAGAUUGCCUUCAUGGACAUUCUCGGUUUCUUCCCUACCUACAUGCGCCCGCCUUACUCCAUCUGCGGAGCCGAGUGCCAAGGACAGAUGGCCGACCUGGGCUACCACAUCACCUACUUCGAUCUCGACACCCAGGGCUACCUCCACACGCAGGCCGACCAGAUCCAGUUCAGCGUGAACCUUUGGGACCAAGCCAUGCUGGCCCGCACGCCUUGCAACGGCAGCUACCUGCACAUCGAGCACGACAUCCACCAGUACAUCGCCACGACCUUGACGAACCACAUUCUCGACUCCGUCGUAGCCAACGGCUGGAACGCCGUCACCGUCGGUACCUGCCUCGGCGACCCCCCAGAGAACUGGUACCGCGGCGCUGUGCCGGCCUACAACUUCCAGAUCACCCCCGUCAGCUCAAAGGUCUGCUCCAGCACCUCCAGCUCCUCGUCCAGCUCGACCAAGACGUCCUCGUCGUCUACCCUCACCUCGUCCGCGACCUCCACCUCGACCGCCGUUUCCACCAACGGCCAGUGCGGUUCCACCGUCGGCUUCACCUGCCAAGGCUCCGCCUACGGAAACUGCUGCUCCGGCGCCGGAUGGUGCGGUUCCAGCUCCGUCUACUGCGGCACGAGCUGCCAGUCCAAGUACGGCACCUGCGGAAGCUCAGCAUCCAACAUUACUUCUUCUUCGAGCAUUGGCACCUCAUCAGGUAGGACCUCUUCUUCCUCGUCCACCCGCAACAGCACCAGCACCAGCACCAGCAGCUCUUCUCGCACCGGCACGUCGAGCUCCAGCUCCCGCACCGGUACCAGCAGCAGCGGCAGCUCAUCCCGCACCAGCACCUCCUCCCGCACCGGCACUUCCAGCUCCGGGUCGUCCACCCGCAGCGGAUCAUCAUCAUCGUCGUCGUCGUCGUCUAACACUCGCUCGUCCUCAGGCUCCUCCUCAGGUACCGGCACAGCGUCCUCCUCAGGCACCGGCACAGCAUCCGCCUCCAGCUCCGCCGCCUCGUCCACCUCGACGCUCCCCGUUUCCACCGGCGGCGACUGCGGUGCCGCCAGCGGAAAGCAGUGCUUCGGCUCGACUUUCGGCAACUGCUGCUCCGUCUACAACUACUGCGGCAGCACCGCCGCUCACUGCGGAACAGGCUGCCAAUCCGCCUUUGGUACCUGCAACGGCACAUCGUCAGCUUCCGGCAGCUCCUCUGCCAGUGGCGCCAGCUCCUCUGGUGCCGCCAGCAGCUCCGGUUCCGGCUCAGCCUCCGCCAGCGGCACGUCCUCUGCCUCCGCCGUCCUCCCCAGCACCUCCCUCGUCUCCACCGACGGCUCAUGCGGCGCCGCCGCGGGCAAGUCCUGCACGGGAAGCACAUUCGGCACCUGCUGCUCCGUCUACAACUACUGCGGUACCACCGACGCCCACUGCGGCACCGGCUGCCAAGCGGGCUACGGCUCUUGCAACGGCACGACAGCUGCCUCAAGCUCAGGCGCUGCCGCUGCAGGCUCCUCUUCCGCAGCAACCCGCGCCUCCUCCGUCGUCGCAAGCGGCAGCACGACCGCCAACGCCGCCGCCGCGACAAACACAAAGAUCUCGACAAACGGCGAAUGCGCCGGCACAAACGGGUACAACUGCCUUGGCUCCAAUUUUGGCGACUGCUGCUCCCCCUACAACUACUGCGGUAACACCACCGCCCACUGCGACACGGGCUGCCAGUCCGGCUUUGGCAAGUGUUCCGGCACGGGCGUCAACGUCGCCGUCUCGCUCAACGGUAACUGCGGUUCUACGAACGGCGGGUCGACCUGCGCCGGCUCGACGUUUGGUAACUGCUGUUCGGCGUACGGAUACUGCGGUAGCACGUCUGCUUUCUGCGGCACGGGAUGCCAGUCUGGAUAUGGUACCUGUGAUACUUCUUCCGGGUCCGGUACUACCGCCGCAGCAUCUGCAGCCACAUCCGCGGCAGCAUCCACCGUCAAGACGGUCACCACCGCCGGUGCGGCCUGCGGUUCGGCUGCCAACGCAAAGUGCGGCGACGGUUUCUGCUGUACGGCGUUCAAUGUGUACGAUUUGGAGUAG